AUCGGCGCGGUCACGCUGAUCAGCAGUGGCCUUUGGACCGGUGUGAAUUUUAAUUUUAAUUAAAUGGAUAAAAAUUAAAUAAAGCAUAAGAAAUGAAACUUACGGGUGGCAUUAUGAGGAAACAGUGAACGUCCGAGACCAUUCUGAUUAAUGAAUCAAAGCCCAUAAACAAAGGAAGUCAUAGUUUUCGAGCCACCCUGUGUAUGACGCAGUUAUACAACAAAAUUCUUGGCACAGUCGCUUGGGCGCCCAAAACAAGGGGCAGGGGACGAAUUAUUCAUAACAAAAAACGCAUCGUUUCCCACUGCACUCUGGAGCUGCGCACGCACCAAAAGCAAUAGGCUGUUCAGGGACGUGGGUCGGCGUGAAUUGCUGGGGAAUUCACCUUUAUUUUCGGAAAGGCACGCGGAGACGAGUGUGCUUAUCAGUUUAUAAACACCGUCAUGGUCAUCACGGCGUCCACUUGCCGCACUGAGGCGGUCUUCGAUUACAGCUGGAAGAAUGUUGUAGCUGCUUACUGGAACCGAUACCCAAAUCCCUCCAGCUCACACGUCCUCACCGAAGACACCAUCCAACGGGAGGUACGGGACGGCAAAUUAUACUCGCGGCGAUUGCUCUCAAAGACAAACCCUGUGCCUAAAUGGGGAUCUCGGUUCUACAACAACGUUCCAGUCAAGAUUGUUGAGGAUUCGGUGCUGGAUCCGGUUGCGAAGACUUUCACCACAUUCACCCGCAACCUGGGCAUGAAGAAGAUAAUGAAAGUCGAUGAAAUCGUUACCUACACCGAGCAGAAUGAUGGAAGCACACUGGCUGUUCGUCGGGCCUACAUCAGCUCGCAAGUGUUUGGAUUCUCACGUGCCAUUCGGGCCUUUGGCAUUGAGCGAUUCAAGUCGAACAGCAACAAGGCUUCCAAUGGCUUUGACUACGUCCUUCGCAGAAUGUUCCCGAAAAGCCAAUCGAGUGUCCUCCAUUCAGCUUCCCCCGCAGCGGGAGCAACGGGAGCGUUUGCAGCCCAGCAGAGCGAUCUAUCCGUCGCCACAGCAACGGCGGCGGUCCCGAAUCACAGCAGCACGAUAAAGAGUGUGGCCAGGAUUGGCUAUGACUUCAUCAAAUGCCAUGCUUCCAAGAUUGCACAACUGUUUUCAGUUAGAAAUUAAAUCGCAAUCAUACUUCUGGAAUGCUCAUGAAUAUGGAUGGGAAUUCCUCAUUUUGGGCCGAGUUCUGGAUUCGACUUCAGAUCAGUGUUGUGGCAACCGGAGACUUCGCUGGCUGUAAUUAUAUGUAUUCCAAACAAAACCAACUUUGAUACUUAGCUGCAUUUCAUUCCGUAUGUGUGUGUGUGCUCAAAAAGAGAUGAGAGCGAUGGCACUGUGUGUUUGCUGAACUCAUUUUUUCAUUCAACAAAACUCUUUAAUUUUAAUCAAGCAAAUUGCACUGUGUAAUUUACAUUUCUGUUUGGCCAACCAUUCUGUACGUAAAAUUGGAGAAUUGUAUGUAAACCCAUUGUAUAUUUUGAAAUAAAUUAUAAAUAUUUAAA